GGUUAUGAUUAGCAAUCUCGGCAGCGGACGACAAGACAAACAACAAGAACACAGCUGACAUGACAACAAUCAAUGAGUCCAUUUUAUUAGGAUCUCAUCAAUGAAUGUGUUGAAUCCUGUGCGUCAGUUAAUUUCUUUCAAACCGCUAAGAGCUAGCCGUUAGCUCGUUCAGCCAAGUAGCGUUUACUUAGUGAGUUUUGUCGUGAACCGGAGAAAGCCAUGGCCGAGGUAACACUCAGCGCUCGGGCGUACUGCAAGAUGAUUCUUCACGCAGCCAAGUACCCACACUGUGCCAUAAAUGGGCUGCUUUUGGGCCGCUUGAGCAAAGAUAAAGACGAGCUGCUGGUCACGGACGCAGUGCCGCUUUUCCACGUUUGUCUCCAAGUUUCCCCCAUGGCCGAGAUCGCCCUCACUCAGGUUGAUCAUGCUGCGGCAAAUGAAAAUCUGAGUAUUGCUGGAUACUAUGUUGCCAAUGAGAGCAUUUCUGACUUGAGCAUCGAUAAAGCUGCAAACAAAAUCGCAGACAAAAUAGCAGAAAAUUUUUCAUCAGCUUGCUUCAUUGUUGUGGAUAAUAAACAUCUCACUCUCAGUAUGGAAACGGCUGGUAUUGCUGUAUCCCAAUACAAUGAUGGGAAAUGGCGUGGAAAAGACUUCAAAGUGGACAAUGAGGUGCUAGACACUGCAGCUGCCCUUCUUGAGCAAAGAGCUUUCAAGACACUUGUUGAUUUUGACAACCAUUUGGAUGAUGUGUCACAAGAUUGGAAAAACAAGGAAUUGAACAAGCUAAUAGAUGAUGCAGCUGCUCCAUCAUAAGGAAAAUAAUAACAUUGUCAUCUAUUUAAAUCAACCUACAUUUGUGAUAUUGCAUCCUCAAUACAGUACUGAUUGUAUCCACUGUCAUACACUGGAGUGUAUACAAUAUAUUGUAUACACUGUCAUAAAUUUGACUUAUGUAGUUUCAUAGCAUCUGAUGUCUCUCAUUUAUGCUGCAAUUACAUGUAUGUUUAUGCUGUGUCAACCUAGCAAAUUCUAAGGGUCCAAAUCCAAAAUAUAACCAUUACCAUCAA